AUGCCGGGAAGAUUGAAUGGUGUUAUCAUUUGUGAUACAGCAACAAAGAAAGCAAAAGCACUGGGAAUAAUUAAGAAGAAAAAUACUUUAUUCGUGGCUGAAGUAAAGGGUCACAUUGAUGAAAAAUACAUUAAUGAUUACAUAAACUUUUUACCGAUAAUAAGAAACUUAGAUAUUAUCACAGAUGAAAAAACAAUUGGCAGUUUUAUGUAUAAUUACAUGAAAUCAAACAAUCUACCAGUUGACCAGAAACAGAGAAAAUUAACUCAGUUAGCAUCAACACACAACCAAUAUCAACCAUUUUCUUCUUAUUAUCUUUGGUAUCUAAUAGACAGAUUUCAUUUUAUCAUUGAUGACAUUCAAUCAAUUUUAACAUUUACGAAAAACACUUGUUUUAAUGAAUUUGCGAACAAAUUUAUGAACGAAAGACAAAAGGCUGAAUUAGAAGGAAAUAAAGGAAAAAGUUUAUUUUGCAAGAUUUCACUUAAUGGAUCAUAUGGUUACGAUGCAAUGAAUACACAAAAUUACGCAAAGACUAAAAUAAUGAAUGCACAGAAGGCACGCGUUGCAUGUAUGUCAAAUAAGUUUAAAAACAUAAGAGAAAUAGGUGAGGAUACAUAUCAAGUGAUGCUUAAAGAUAGAUUUUAUAGAUGUGAUACAUGUUUACAAGAGGCAUUCUUCACUUUAGAUAAUGCUAAAUACUGGUAUUUGGUUUUCAUUUAUGAUUUUAUGUAUAAAUGCAUGAAUGUUAAUCGUUUUCAUUUCAUUGAAGGUGAUACUGAUUCAUCUUAUUGGGCAAUCGCUGGCGACUCAAAUCUUCCUAACACUCAAGCAUUUCAAGCAAUUGUUACCGAUAAACAAUUUUAUGAUAAAAACAUUUUCAAAUUCGCACCAUUUGAUUUCUUCUGUUUUGAUGAGAAAUUUAAACAUAAAUUAAAGAAUAAAGCUGAAGAAAAAGCACAUGAGAAAAAAUUAUUGG